AUGAAAUUGCUUUUUGUAGCCUAUCGAUUAGAAGCUGAGAGAGAAACCUCUGGUAUCAACUGGGCCAAGAUUCUUCUGCUCUAUCCACGUGAGAGAGCUUUCGACGACGGGGCUGCCGAUACCUUUGGGAAUUUCACGCGAGCACGACGUGGACAUUGGCUGUGGGGAUGUAUUUUUGGUCCGAACGAUUCGAAAACAUUUGAAGAGGUUGAUCGAGAGAAAACAGAAAUAGUGGAUAAUCCACCGACAGCUGAUGGAACGAAACAGUCUGAUUCCUCGACGAAAGCCCGGACGCCUAGCAAGUCUCAGAAGUCCCAGAAGUCCCAGAAGAAGAAGAAACCUCUGAACGCUCCUGAUUGA